UUUCGUUGUUUACAUUCUUUGAAGGGUCUGGUCUAGCUAACAGGCGAACAAAAACGCUAGCAGCAUUUCCAAAAUGACGGGUAACAGCUGAUCGGCUUUAUGUAUUUAUAAUAUUUAUUAUCUGUGUUGUCUCUGUGUUGUUGUCCGGGACAUGGCCUCAGCUCGCUGCCACUGCUGGCUCUGGGUAACGGUGCCGCUCGUCCUGCUGCGGUGGCCGGGGCUGCUGGUCGCGGCGGAGCAGGUCGCUCUGGUGGAGGUCUUCCUCGAGCAGCGGCCCGGUGUCAGCGCUCUGCUCCAGGGGGAGGUGGUGGAGUCCGGCAAGGGAAGCAGGAGCUCGGAGCACCUGGAGGAGGAGCGAGAGGAGCUGGAGGGAGAGCUGGUCCUGGUUCAGAGCGAGGAGACACAGCUGAGCGGAGGAAAAGGCGACGAUGACACCAAAGAGCAGGAGCCAUGGAUCGGGGUGGUGCCUGUGGAGAUGGACGACAGCAAGGCCUCCACUGGAAACCAGGAGUCCUUCGCUGAUGCGAUGGUCAAUAAAAUGAAGCGAGCGCUGGUCCUCGGAGCGUCUGCGCUGAUCAUUUUGGCUCUCAACCAAAACACUGUCAGUGAGAUGGAUCUGUCUCAGGUGCUGUCCAAGCCCAUCAUAGUGAUCCAGACGUCUGAAAAUGUCACCAAGCUGAUCGGCGCUCUGCUCAGGGGUCUUCAGGCGACGGCAAAAAUCACAUACAAGACGAUCCUGCAGGACAACCUGGGAGCCACGCUCACGCUGUGGUCCAGCUGCGGUCGAUCGAGAGGAGGUCGCUAUGGAGAGUGGCAGGGGGUCAUCUGCACGGGAGAGACCAACUCUCAGGUUCAGAAGUACCUGCAGCAGCUGUGGGACACUGUUCUCCUGGUGGCUCUGAUCCUCAGCACCGGCGUCAUCGUUCAGGCUCGCUGGCAGUACCAGGACCACCAGCUGAACGAUGACUUGGAGCUCUUUCCUAAACAGGAUGUCCUGAAGAGAAUGUCGUCCUUGAAGACCAAAACAUAUCGUCAGCCCAAACCGUGGUGUGACCCGUCCCAGUCAGGGGAAACAGACAACUGUGCCGUCUGUCUGGAGCCAUUCAACAACAACCAGUGUUUGCGGGUACUGCCGUGUCUCCAUGAGUACCACAGAGAUUGUGUGGACCCCUGGCUGCUGCUGCAUCACACCUGUCCGCUGUGCAAACGCAGCAUCCUCGGCAGCGUCUGCAAAGACAGUUAACAGUCGCUUCGCCUCCACAGACACAGCAGCAGCAGCUCUGGGAAUAAAGUCUUGUCUCUUCCUCGGUGACACUCCAGUAGCCGUUUUUAUUUUUACUGACCUCGCCGCUUCCUCCUUC